CCGCUCCCCUCCUCAGAGUCCGGCAGGCGCUCCCCCGCUGGCCUGAGCCCGCCUUCCCCGAUAGAGCCGCGCCGCGAGCGGGAACCGGCUCCCGCACCGCCGCCAGGGGCUGCCCCCUGCCGAGCCGAGCCGAGCCGAGCUGAGCCAUAGCCUCUCUACCGCUACUGCCGCUCCCCGCGGCGGGGGCUCGGGCCUCCGGCAGGAAGAAGAGGCAGUGCUGACGGCGGGACGAGGGAAUUUCCGUAAUGGAGAAGAAAGGUGAUAAACAUGCCAUUGAUCAGAAUGCAAGUCAGAACAUCAUGCCGAGAAGAAAUACAGGAAACCUUGGCAACUUGAAUGUGGAUAUGCAAGUCACCAAUCCACCAGAAGCAGCUGCACUUUUUAAUUUACAUCAAGCACACCAUUUUGGUGAGUUUGAACACUCUUCAGAACAACAGUGCAAGCAGGAUCUGUUCCCCAAGUGGCACUUGCCAAUGAAGAUAGCAUCUGUGCUCUCAUUGUUAACAUUUAUUUACACUUCUAUGAGAGAUGUCAUAUAUCCUUUUGUAACCAAAAAGGAAUACGUUUUCUAUAAAAUUCCGAUCCUUGUCAUAAACAAAGUUUUACCAGUGGUUUCAAUUACCCUUUUAGCACUAGUAUAUUUACCAGGAAUAUUAGCUGCUGGUUUUCAGUUGUACUUUGGCACCAAAUAUAAAAGGUUUCCUCAGUGGCUGGAUAGAUGGAUGUUAUCAAGAAAGCAAUUUGGACUUCUCAGUUUCUUCUUCGCUACAAUGCACGCCUGCUAUAGCCUAUGCUAUCCAAUGAGAAGAUCAUACAGAUACAAGCUGCUGAACUGGGCAUUCCAGCAGGUCAAACAAAAAAAAGAAAAUGCCUGGAUUGAACAUGAUGUUUGGAGAAUGGAAAUUUAUGUGUCUCUAGGAAUUCUGGGACUUGCUUUGCUGGCCUUGUUGGCAAUAACAUCAAUUCCAUCUGUCAGUCACUCUUUGACCUGGAGAGAAUUCCACUACAUUCAGAGCAAGAUGGGAUAUUUAGCUCUGCUGCUAUGCACUGUUCACGCACUGGUGUUUGCUUGGAAUAAGUGGGUUGACGUUAAUCAAUUUAUUUGGUAUACACCACCUUCAUUUAUGGUAGCAGUUUUUCUUCCUAUUGUAGUUCUGCUUUGUAAAUGCAUACUACUCCUCCCAUGUUUUAGGAAAAGGAUAAAAAAGAUCAGAUGUGGUUGGGAAGAUAACACACAAACCAAUCAAACCAGCAUAACUUCCAGACUGUAGUUUAAACAUGGACAUUUCCUUUCUAUGUAUGUGAAUAUGCUGAAGGCCAUGAAAUGUUCACCUGCAAGCUCUGCUUUCACAUUUUCCAUAGAUGUUUCUUUCCCACUUUUCAUUUCAACUUCAGGAGUGUGGAAUACUUGAUGCAGUUUGAACUUUUUCUAAGACAAAGAGUGGAAACAUUCAUUUUACACUCUAAUCUAUUCAGUGUUAUGGUAUUUGAUCAUUUCUUUCUUCUGACUCACUGCUUGUAUAAUCCAAGGUCUUAAUUGCCUCAAUCUUAAUUCUUUCAUAGGCAAAAGCAAUCAUAAAGUAUUGUUACAGGUGACCACAGAAAGUCAAUAAAUGAUUACACCACAGAACCCAGGAAUGCCUUCUGCUUCCCACAGCCGUGUUUGGUUCUUUGUUAAAUCUCCAUAUUACAAAGGGACAACAACUAGAGUAUUUAUCAUCCCAUUCCCCUUAUUGCCUACAUCCUGUGUUUCACUCUGCAGAAUGGGGACCUUGGCAAAUGAGCCAGACUGAAGCUGUGUAUUCCCAACAGGCCUUGAACUUAGGCAACUGGGCAAGCAGAAUUGCAGGGAAAUUUACAAGGUAAAUCUCUACUGAGGCGUGGGCACAGUCUAAAAAAAGAUGGAGAUCUGAGUCUAAAACCUAGGUGUGUCUGUUUGCUUAAAACGAUAAAACAUUUCCCAUUUUUUAUUCCAUAAACACAUCCUUUUGUUUCUGAUGCUGGAAAUUUUCCAUGCUUUUGACCUAAGCCUCCAGCACUUGACAUGUGCUAAGCUUUAUUUGCACAAAUUAUUCCAGUGGGAUAACUCACAUCAGGUAAAUGUGUUUUACUGUUUACUCUAGGGCCAGCACAAUUGUGUGACUGGAAGAAAAACAUUAAAAAUAGACAUUUGAAUCUUGACAUUGGUUUGGUGAGAUUUUCAUGUAAAGU